AUGGAGAGAUACAAGCUCGCUGCUACUCGGGCAUUCCAGAAAAGAAUUGAUGGUCACAGGUUCGAGUCCAUCGUCAAGGAGGUACGAAACUACGAGCGCCGAAUUCGGAGCUGCUAUAACAAAUACCUCGAAUACAAUGGCGAAGGGCUGGCAUGGCUCAUGGCAUUGGACGCCUGUCUUAAGCGCUACCCACGACGCCAUAAUGAGAGACGUGACGAUGCUGGAAAAUUAGGUGCCGCUGUUCCUGUUGCAGAAACUGUUGGAGAUCCAGCUGGGCUCAAAAGACAUGGCAGAAGAGAGGCUCUGCAAUAUGGUAAGAACUGCUUGUAUAGAAUUUUCUCCAUUUUUGUUCAACGUGCCCGAUGGUCCAAGGCUGCGUAUAACAGAGAGGUGUCUCACAUACUGGAGGCGCUCUAUUUCUUUCUUUUCACUUCUCCGUGGAAAUGUGAUCUUAUCGGAAAGGGUGAUGAGGACGAACAGAAGCCUUCGCUAGACCGAAAAAGCGCGGCACAAGAAUACAGCUAUCUAUGGAAGGCUUUUAGUUCAUUGGACAUUGGCCCCAUUAGAGAAUUCAGGAAGCGUGUGCUGAGACAGAGGGUAAUCCAGUUCCUGAUAAAGUUGCCCCUCCGCCUCCUGUCUGUUCUGAGCAAGUUGCCAGUGUUGCGCCUGUUUAAGGAGCCCUUAACUUCUCUUUUUAGAUCCAACGAAGCAGAGAAGGAAGGUGAAGGAAGCUCUUCUGUGGAGACUCCACCUACACGAGACGAGCUGGCCGUUCCGUGUGUUGCCGAUUUGUAUGCUGCGGGAGUGAAGUUCCUUCCCACUGAUGGAGACCUUACCACAAUUCACUUCCAUCAGGCGAGUGCCACUCUUUAUCUGCCCAAAAUGAGGUUGGACUCAAACACAGAAGUGAUUAUCAGAAAUCUUGUGGCUUUCGAAGCUUUGGUGGUGCCCAGUGACCUCAGCUUCAUUCGCUACGCCGAUUUCAUGAACGACAUCAUCGACACCGACGAAGAUGUUCGAGUGCUGAGAGAGAGAGGAAUCAUUUACAAUCACCUGGAGAACGACGGGAAAGUGGCGAGUCUGUGGAAUGGUAUGGGGAAAUGUGUGAAAUUGUCAAAAAAUAAGUGCUCAGACAAAGUUAUUGAAGACAUGAAUAGGUAUUAUAAGCGGACAUGGAGCGUGGCCGUGGUGGAAUACAUGAAGAAAUACAUAUUUGGUUCAUGGUCGUGUCUGUCUUUACUGGCUGCGAUCAUACUGUUGCUUCUCACAUGUUUGGAAGCAUUCUGCUCCAUAUAUAACUGUAAACGCUGGAUGAAGGACACGAAUUUGUUUCAGGAGUAA